UUAGUUGUCAAUAUGGCUGUUGUCAGACAGACAAAGCAGAGAGGCAAAUAAUUCGCCUCUGAUUAGAAAUCCUUGGAAAGGGGUCGGACAGGGCACUGUAGUCAAAUUGCUUUAUUGUUCGGCUGCAGUAAAAGACACAGCGGGUCUUUGCUCAAGUUAUAAAGUUAAAUGGUUAAGUGGACGAUUUGAACCGAGCAGCAGGAUGUCUGAGUUCAGUGAGGAGCCGCGCUUCACUAUCGAGCAGAUAGAUCUGCUGCAGCGGCUGCGUCGCUCCGGCAUGACCAAGCAGGAGAUCCUGCACGCACUUGACACUCUGGACCGGCUGGACCGGGAGCAUGGCGACAAGUUCGGCCGCCGCACCUCUUCCUCCUCCUCCUCCUCGAUAGGCGAGCUACAGUCUUCAAGCAAAACAACACUGGCCUCGGCAACCACCACCUCUUCCGCAUCGGCGGCCGCCGCAUCUUCCACAACCUCCAAAAUCUCCACCGCCACGCAGACGCAGUUCGGCAGCGGAGGGGGACUCUCGCCGUCACCCAGCAACAGCUACGACACCUCCCCACCUCCAGGGCCUCCGCCGCCUUCCGCCAUCUUGCCCUCACCGGUCUCACUGGUGGCUUUGUCGCAGAACGGGAGGGAUAGCCUAGCUGCCACACCCAACGGGAAGCUGUCUCCCCCAAGAUACCCAGUGAACAGUGCGGCCGCAGUGCGAGCGUUUGGCUUUGAAGCUUCAGAAGAGGACCUGGACAUUGACGAUAAGGUGGAGGAGCUGAUGAGGAGGGACAGCAGCAUGGUGAAGGAGGAGAUCAAAGCGUUCCUGGGGAACAGGAGGAUCUCCCAGGCGGUGGUUGCACAAGUUACCGGCAUCAGCCAGAGCAGGAUCUCCCAUUGGCUGCUGCAGCACGGCUCUGACCUGAGCGAGCAGAAGAAGAGGGCCUUCUACCGCUGGUACACGCUGGAGAAAACCACACCAGGUGCCACUCUAAACAUGCGGCCAGCUCCGUUACCUAUGGAGGAGAUGGAGUGGAGGCAAACCCCGCCCCCCAUCACCACUGCCCCCGGAACCUUCCGGCUGCGUCGAGGAAGUCGCUUCACUUGGAGAAAAGAGUGCCUGGCCGUGAUGGAGAGCUACUUCAACGACAACCAGUACCCAGAUGAGGCCAAACGGGAAGAGAUAGCAAACGCCUGCAAUGCUGUCAUUCAGAAACCAGGGAAGAAGCUGUCUGAUCUGGAGCGGGUUACCUCCCUGAAAGUUUACAACUGGUUCGCCAACCGUCGCAAAGAGAUCAAGAGACGGGCUAACAUUGCCACAAUCCUGGAGAGUCAUGGGAUAGACGUCCAGAGUCCAGGGGGACACUCCAACAGCGACGACAUCGAUGGAAACGACUUCUCAGAGCAGGCAUGUGACUUGCCCUAUUUUGACAAGAGACCUCUCAGCCGACCUUUUGGCCUUUACCGACUGGAGCCCACCUCGCCAACCCAGGACGACAGCGCGGCGCACAGCGAGCACCAGGACCCCAUCUCUCUGGCUGUGGAGAUGGCUGCCGUCAACCACACCAUCCUGGCCCUGUCCAGAACCGGAGGGGUCCCCAACGACAUCAAGACGGAGUCCCUGGAGGACGAAUGAACUGCACCGGAACUGGGAUGGAGGAAGCGGAAGAGAGAAAUGAGAGGGGAAAGGGAAGGAGGAGUAGAAAAGGGGGGCAGUGGGGGCUGAAAAAAAAGAGACCAAAAUAAUACUACUUAGUAAACCCCCUGAAUCUGUCCCUCAGCCAGCCCCCUGCCAACUGUUCCUUCUCUCUCUGCUUCCCUCCUCCCACAAAGUCCAUGUAAACAGUAAUUACCCAUCACCCCCACCCAACCUACCCAAUAUAUUGACACAGCUGGCGAAAUGGGUCACCAUACGUCCUCUGAUCUCCGUGAAAAUGUUCCACGGAAAGAAGAAAAGGGGGGCAAUCCAGGCCUUGAAACCCCCCCUCUCCCCUCCUCCCCCCAAAAAACGGUGGUCCUCGUCUGGGAUUGCGUCUCCCAGCACCUCUUUCCCCCCCAAUACACUCUCUCCUCACAGGAUACCUCUUACUCUCUCCUCUCCUCUUCCUCACUCCCCCUCUCCUCCCCCUCUCCCCCCCAGCCUGGUUGUCUGAGCCGAUCCUCAGUCUAUCUCACCUCAGCGUCAACCUCAGAAAAAUAACAUGUACUGUAUAUAUAAUAUAUAUAUAUGGUUCUUAUGGUUCUCAGUCACACUCACCUCAUGGUGUGCUACCUUACCUACCUACCUACAUACCUACAUAGCCCUCAAAAUCCAACCUCUUCAUCAUGCAGUCCAUCGGAAGAGCAGCCUCCGGCCAGUGUCUGGUCUGGACAGAUGGAUGCUGAGAGUCUCCGCCUCUCCCUCUCUGGCACCGAGGCAUGGAUAAUACCGGACAGACGGAACUGUCCAGUCACUGUCUUCUACCCUCUGUAGUUAUCAUUCCUCAGCGGAGUGGCUUUCUGUUAGAGCUGCUGUUGGAUGAAAAAACCUCUAAAAAGUCAGCUAAAAAAAGAAGUAGCCUUAAUUUCAUACGGACAACUACACCUUUACUUUUAUGCAGUAUACAGCAGGUUUUGAAGUUUUCUCCCCGACAACGAGGAAGAACAAGAAACUUUUUAGUACGCAUAUAAAAUGCCAGAAUAAAGUCCAACAGCAGCAGCGGUUUUAGUUCUUCCACCCGCAUUUCCCUCUGUUUUCAACCCAAACAGCAGCUGGAUAUACGGUCAUUUUGCCUUUAGUUUCCCAGUGCCACUAUCGUUAAGUACUCGAGGCUACGAGAAUCAAUUUAGGCUCAAUGUGAUAAUCAAGCAAACUUAAGCUAUCUAAUAAGGGGAAUCGUGCUUUGUUUUUAACGUCAUCCAUGCCAAAGGAAAAGAUGCUCGGAGCAAAAAGCGUAGAGGCUAAGCUAAGACUGAUCUGAAAGCGGUAUUCGCGUUCACCCAAAGCGAUUUCUACUAACUCCUUUGGCGUACGUAGGUCGUUUCUCGCGCCCAGUGAAGCUUCUUGAGCCAGUGUGGCGUCAAAUGUGGGCGUGGCACUACAGCAGGCCUGUGUCAGUAAAGAUAGGUGUUAGCAGCCAGAUAUAUAAAGAUUCAAAUACCCCUAAGCUAUUUACUAUUUGUUCUGUGACGCUGCCUCUUUAUAAUAGCCUAAAGAAUGUGCUUUCAGAAGAUUUUUUUUAAUAUCAGUGGUAAGAAAUCUAAAUCCACACUGGAAAUGGUUUAGCAUAUCAGAACUUCUGAGACGGUUUCUGUUUUUAUUUCAUCUGUAUAGCCUCAAAGGUAAAGCACCACUUUGAAGGGAAUCAAAUACAUUUAAAGCGGUGACAUUGGAAAUCAUUUUCCACUUUUUGUUUUUUGCCCCAGGUGGAACUUUUCCAAAACCAUCUUUGAAUGAAGAUCAUCGUAAUGUUAUAAGCAAAGACAAAGUGGUGUGUCCCUGAAAGGUAGAGUCCUGUUUCUGGGGGAUCACCAAUUGUCAAGUAUUAGCGCUUUUUCAGUCUCAGACUGGAAUCUUCAAAUUGGCCUUAAGGUGAAAGGGUUCAAAUAAAAGUUUAGAUUUUUUGGGAAAUAUGCGUAUUCACUCUUUAGUCGAGAGUUAGACGAGAAGAUUGAUACCACCCUCAUGCUUGUUUGCUAAAUAUGAAGCUAAAGCCAGGAGACAGAUAGCUUAGCACGAAGACUAAAGCAGAUGGAAACAGCUAGCGGCUCUGUCUGAGGUAAAAAACUCAAAUCUGCCCGCUAGCACCUCUGAAGCACGCUAAUUAACCUGUUAUAUUUCGUUUUUAUUAAAGCCAUAAUGUUACAAAAAAUGAAGUUUAAAAACGUCAAGUUGACCGAUGGUUACGUGCUGAAACAAUUUUUUGGCACAGUGACGUCCUGCACGCCUUUUCUACUUUUCCAGGAGAUAUAUGGUGUUGAUCAGUGGGCUUUUUAGGUGCUAGUAGUUAAAGACUUUCACAUUGGACAGAGCCAUGCUGGCUAGCUGUUUGAUCCUGCUUCCAGUCUCUAUGCUAAAUGAACUGUCGCCUUGGCGUUAGCUUCACAUUUAGCUUCUUACAGUGGAAAUGUAGAAACCAUGUGUUGCUAGGUGAGUUUUUUAUUAUUUUUUUAAACUUGUGCCCAAAGCCAGCUAUUAUGCUAAGCUAACUGUCUCUUAGCUGCAGCUUCACAUUUAGCGUACAGACGCGAGAGUGCUAUCAACCUUCUCAUCCGUCUCAGCCAGAAAGCUGAUGAGCGUAUUUCCCAAAAUGCCCCACUGUUGCUCUGAAGGAACCCCUGCCUUAGCGAUGGUUUUGGAGAACUGGGAAAAUCUUCUACAAAGCAGGAUUGAAUAGCCAGGAACCCUCAUGUAAUUCAUCAUGUUUUAAAUAGUCAGAUAUGGAUAUUGGUGAUGCAUCAAGUAAUGGUAUCUGGAUCCUGCUUGUAGAACAGCUCCCAGCCCUGGGCUCUAGUCUAGUAAAGCUCUAUUUAAAUCUAUUGCUUCUGUGUGUACGAAGCUGCGGAUACAGUGACUCAGUACUGGGACCUGUGUUUCUAAAACAAAGGGUUGAAAGAUAAAAACAAUAUGUAUUUAUACUCAUUUUUUAUGGUAAUAUACAAAAAAGAAUGACAUAUGUUUUGAAAUGAAACAUGCUUUUAUUGUUAAAUUAAUCAUGCUUUUUCAUUUCUCCUGAACUUAUUUUUUAUGUUAUCAUUUAAACCAUUUUUUUGUGUGUCAUCCCUUAUUUGACUGAACAGCAGUCUCCCCUGUUUGUGUCUGAGGUAGAAAGCUAUUUUGUGAGAGAUGAAUGAUGAUGCACCUUAUUUAAAAAAUAAUCGCUCUUGACUUAGCUUAAAAUGUAAUCUACCUUCCCUUGAGCCUCCCUUUUGAAACAGCAAACGUCCAGUAUACUAUAAUGGGGCUGGUGUGAACAAACAUUUCAGUGCAGCUGCUUCACACACCGUAUCGUAUUAAAUCAAAGCCCCAGUAUGUGCUGUUCUCUCCUUAAAGAAUCGACACACCAGACUCCAUAGUGAAAUCCAGUGAUUUAAUGUCGACCUUCCUCUUACAGACAUUAGAAUAACUACAAUUACAUAUCUAUUACUAAGUACUGACUGCAUUUAGAUUUGUAUGAAAGUACAAUUCAUCUUGUUCCGUUGCCAUACUAUUAAAGUUAUUGGAAACACAAUAAAAUUGUGUUUGAUUAUGUGGUUUGGUGAAAUGUUCCAUAUCUGGAACUGUAAAUGAACUGAAAAUGUGUGUAUGUUUGGCUACUGACACCCAAAACAUAUGAGUUAGCUAUUCCCCUUCAGACCUCAGACUCUGAUAUAAUGGAGGCACAUUUUUAGAAUUGACACACACUACUCACUUGCCAAGCAGUGAGAGUAGAGUGUAUGUUGAUUAAAACAUUGUUCACCAUCAACGGGCUAUUGUAAGGAUUUUUUCUAUGGAGUUUGGUGUGACGUUCUCUCCCCAUACAGAAUAAUAAUAUUGUAUUCUAGAAAUAGUGAAAUAAGUUGUGCGUGGAAGGAAAAGACUACAAAGAGUGCAUUUAGAGAUUAUUCUCUCACUAUAAGACACUUAAAUGAAUUGCCUUAGUGUCUGAGAGAUGCCACGGCCCAAUUAGCAAGAACAAGUUUUAAUCCAGCAGUAUUUUACACGAGCCUUCAAGCUUGACAGAAAUGUUUAUGGGAUGGAAAAGAACCCCCCCCCCCCCCCAGGUGCUCAAGAAGUAAAGAUCCUGUGCUUUUCCAAGAGAAAACUGGAAACGCAUUAAUCUGAAUAACGAGACAGAAACCUGAAGCAGGCUCUCCCACCCAAUGUCGUGUGUACUCCAGUGGUAGUGCUUACUCUGAAGGGGUGUCCUCUCGUGGUGUGUCAGGGUCAACAAGUCUACAUGUCCUUCUGUGUCCCCAGUGAAAACACCAUCCACCUCAUCCCAAUAUAGCUCUGAAAAAGAGGACUGAAUGCUGUUGUAUCAAUCUCAAAUCUAGUUAUGUUCAAAAUUACUGUAUUGCCCAUUUCAGAAUUUAGUGCCUUUUUUGGACAGUAGACUGUUCUGUAAUUAAGAUGUAGUAUAUAUACAUUUUUUUGUACAGUUUCUUUGUUCAUUUUUUUAACUUGUGUUUAUUUUAGUAUUAUAUAUAAUGUACAAGAGAAUAAAGCUAUAUCAAUGAGG